AUGAAGUCUGCCCCAAAAGAAUGGGUGCUUGCCAUGCCAAGAUGGGUUGAAGUGCUGAUCGAACUUGGUCAAGCCUGCUUCGACCGCAAGCAUCCCUGCUUCACCCAUUGGUGGAUUGGGCUAGACCGUGCUAUCGUCAAGUUCGACAACAAGGCCAUUGACGUCAGAAAGGAGGUGAUGGUAAAGGACGAUGACUGGACUGACUUUGGCAUGAAGGAUGCAUCCGAGCCUUUCUCGCUUACCUAUCUCGACACCAACACCGCACAACUGUUCUACUCAAACUACGAUCCCGUGGAUGGAUGCUAUGACAUCGAGGUGUCUAUCUCUACACACGUCCGAGGUUGGCGAAUCUGGGUUUCGGAUGAGAUUGGCGACGACAGGGACCUGGACACUCAGAAUGGACUUUCCUCCAAGACAAGGCUCUGCACAAAGUGGCUUCACAUUCAUGUCAAGCCCGACGGAAGAGGUCACAUCUCCCACUACUGA